CACUUUCCGGCGGCUCCACUCUACUCAAAACUAGACUUCCCCGACAUCGGUAAUAUAUUUCAUCUACUUUUUUUAUAAACGAUUAGUUUCCCUGUAUAUGAUUUAUACUGAAAAUUUAGCUUGAAGCUCGCAGCCGCGCUGUUUUUUGGCUUCCUUGUUUAUUUGCCAGCCAUUGCGUUCACUGUUCAGCAAGCCUUGCGAAGCGCUGAAUGCGAAAUGGCGCUUCCGGAUCCUGAUGCCCCAAGGAGGAGCAGCUCGUCUCGUUCUUCCCGCACGAGCGUCCGGCCAGACGACCGCCUGGAGGAAGAAGUGACCAGGUCCUGUCGAGACAAACGUGACCGCUUUACCAACCCGUGGUCCACGUGGCAGUUCCCAUCCGGCUUUAUGCUAACCAAAUUCCUUUUGCGGAAGAAAAGGGCCAACAGCAACUUCCCGGCUCGUAAAGAGGUGCUUGACAGCGAGCUGCCAGUGCUCGAGCCGUACUUUGUUAACAACCCGGAUCUCUCCCCCUCCGGUCCGGGUCUAAGAGUCACCUGGCUUGGGCACGCCACGGUUCUGGUAGAAAUGGACGGGUUGAACAUUCUGACCGAUCCUAUUUUCAGCCAGAGGGCAUCACCGUUUCAGUUCAUGGGUCCGAAACGUUACCGAGGACCUCCUUGUAGUGUGCAACAGUUACCCCGGAUUGACGCCGUAGUCAUCAGUCAUUCCCACUACGAUCACCUGGAUGCCGAUACAGUGGCGAGCCUCAACGCACGCUUCGGAGCGGCGUUAAGCUGGUUUGUGCCCCUGGGCUUGAAGAACUUGCGGGCUAUGAAUGGCUGCAAGAACGUGAUGGAGCUAGACUGGUGGGAGGAGAACUGCGUGCCCACUCACGACGACGUCACCUUCGUGUGCACGCCGUCGCAGCACUGGAGUAGACGCAACGCACUUGACACCAACAAAACGUUGUGGGCCAGCUGGACAGUUCUAGGUCCAGAACACAGUUUCUUCUUCGCUGGAGACACCGGCUACUGCUCGGUGUUCAAGGAAAUAGGGCGACGUUUCGGGCCUUUUGACUUAGCGGCCAUUCCUAUCGGCGCCUACCUUCCCAGGGAUGUGUUGAAAGGGCAGCACGUGGACCCGGAGGAGGCGGUUCAGAUUCACAUGGACCUUCAGGCUAAACGCUCGCUGGCUAUCCAUUGGGGAACUUUUGUACUGGCUUAUGAGCACUAUCUUGAACCACCGCGCCGUCUCAAGGAAGCUCUGAAGCAGAAGGGCCUGAAUCUGGAAUCCUUCUUCACGCUGCAUCACGGGGAGUCGCGCCUCCUGACGUCACACGGUGCAGACGUCUACCAUUAAAGAGCAUAUGACACCAGAAAAAAAGUCUUAAAUGGCAUUAUUAUGUGAAUUAGAAUCAUAUUUUGAGACGAUUCGACUAUAUACAACAAUUUAGCAAAGCGCAGAUGACGAGAAAUUAGUCUUUUAAUCUACCGGUUAGCCACGCCUACCAUUAUAGGGCUCUAGCGUCCCCAACAGGUGGAUGACAUCAGCGGGAGACUGGGCUCAUCGGUUUUACUAUUCAGCCCAUUGAGGGGGAAUUGUUCAAAACGAGGAAAACGCGACGAAGAGAGCUGCAAAAUGUCAUUGUUUCAGUCUCUCUACUCCCAAUAUUUUUACAGGAUAUUCUUUUUAUCCAAGUAUUUUUCCCCAAUAGCUAUAUAAAUGGCUUGAGAAGGACCAGUCAGCCCGUCGAGGGGGAACUAUUCACAAUGAGGAAAACGCGACGAAGAGAGCGGCAAAAUGUCAUUGUUUCUGUCUCUUUACUUCAAUAUUUUUACAGGAUAUUCUUUUUACCCAAGUACUUUCCCCAAUUGCUAAAUAAAUGGCAUGGUCAUGACAAAUAACAAUCUUGUGCUAAAUGGAAUAUAAAAUAAUAAAAAUCCA